AGCAGUGGAAAGCAAGAUUGGAACGCCGCCAGCUAGGAACAUCGAACAUCGUGCAGCUUUUGACUUCUACGCGUUGCUAAAAUGAUGUACACGGGGACUACCGCGUCGCAGGAUACGAGGUUCAGCGACAAGGAGAAAAAGCUUCUGAAACAAAUGAAGUUUGGAGAUUCUCUCACUCAGAAAGUGGAUAUGAGCAAAGUUAAACUUGAUGUUAUCAAGCCGUGGAUCACUACAAAAAUCACACAGAUUUUAGGAAUGGAGGAUGAUGUAGUGGUAGAAUUUGUAUAUAAUCAACUGGAGGAAAAGUUUCCCGACCCCCGAAAAAUGCAGAUCAACCUAACAGGCUUCCUGAAUGGAAGGAAUGCCCGAUCUUUCAUGGGUGAAUUAUGGGACCUUCUGGUCUCUGCUCAGGAAAGUGUAACGGGCAUUCCAGAGGCUUUCUUGCAACAAAAAAAAGAUCAGAUUAAAAAGCGUUUGGAGGAGCAAGAGAAGCUCCAAGCUUCUUUGGCAGAGAAAGAGAAAGAAAAGGAAAGGGAGAAGGAGAAAGAUGAAGCCGAAAGCAAGAUAAAGAAAGAAGAAAAGGAACGUGGUUCGUCAAAGGAGCGUAGAAGAGAUCGAAGCAGGGAUCGUGAUAGGGACAGAAGUAAGAGAAGUCGAUCAAGAGAUCGACACAGAGAUCGCGACAGAUCGAGUCGUAAACGACGAUCAUCUUCAAGAUCACCUAGCAAAAAUUCAUUGAAGGACAACGGUAAAGACAUGCCGGAAGUUAAAGUUGAACGGGAGGAUUCACCUCAACCGGAAAACGCUAUACCGCUGAUGCCCGUUAAAACAAAACCGGAAGCCGCUGUUGCAAUAUCCCGAUUGCAAGCCAAACUAAUGAGCAUUGCCGAUGGAAAGAAGAAGAACAAUCGUACUCCAUCCCCCGAGUCACUGGACAAAGCGAAGAAAUCUAGAUCCAGAUCAAAGUCGCCAGUAAGCCGUUCCAAAAAAUCUAGAUCCAAAUCACCGAGCCGAGAUUCAAAAACACGCCGUUCUCGAUCGCCCGCGUCGAAAUCGAGACGGUCUCGUUCCAAGUCAAGAUCAAGAAGAUCCAGGUCUAGAUCCAAGUCUAGGAGAUCCAAAUCAAGAUCGCAGGAUCGUUCUAAAUCGAGACGUACGAAAUCCAAGUCACCGAGGUCUCAUUCAAGAUCUCGAUCCCGAUCGAAAAAAUCAAGAUCCAAAAGCAUCGACAGGAGCAAGGCCCGGAAGUCGAGAUCAGAUUCGAGCGAUUCCAGGUCGUCCAAGUCUCGCUCGAAAUCACCCGAUAAGAGAAAGGACGCUCUCGAUUCAAAUAGGAAACGAGAUGCUAGUACAAGCAGCAGUUCCGAGUCAGAAGAAGACAAAGGAGCGAAAGACAAGAAUGAUUUCGAAAUUAGAAAGAAGAAAGAUGGAGUGCAGGCUAAAAGAUCGUAUAGAAAAACUAACAAGGAUGACAGCGGUAGCGACAGUGAUUCGAGUCGGGAAAGGAAAUCUGUCCCCAAACGAAGAAGCCCCUCGCCGCGUAAAGACAGAGGUCGAUCAAAAGAUAGAGACAGAUCGCGAGAUAGAUCACGGGAUAGAUCGCGAGAUAGGUCACGUGAUCGAUCUCGAGAUAGAAAUAGGAGGAGAUCUAUAGAUAGAGAACGAGAAAGAAGACGUGAGCGGGAACGAGAAAGGGAAAGGGAAAGGCUGGAUAGAUAUAGCGGUAGCCGCAGCAUGCGGCCACCAUCUGUGCGCAGAGCACCUAGCAGGCGAAGAAGCCCUCCUCGCAGAAGUCCGGCAAGAUAUCGGCGCAGAUCUCCUAGUCCCGGUGAGAGACGCAGAAGAAGAUCCCUCGAUCGAAGACGACGAUCGUCGGAGCGACGAGACAGGCGUCGAUCUCCGGAUCGUCGCGACAGCAGGCGUCGUUCACCAGAUGGACGGGAUCGAUCCCUCAGGUACGAUAGAUCUUCCUCUCGCGACAGAUCGAGUAGGCGAGACCGUUCCAGAGACAGGGACAGGAGGGAUAGAGAUCGGAGAUCUAGAUCUAAAGAUCGUAGAUCCAGGUCUAAAGAACAACGGGCAUCGGUGGAUCGUUCGAGGGAUGCGAAACGAUCUCCCGAUCGGUCGAGAGAUCCGAAAGAGAAGAUAAAGGAGAAGAAAGUGGAUGAAAAAGUUAAAAGAACAACCGAUACAGGAUCGCGAAAAGAAUUACGAAAUGGAAGGUCUAAGUCAAGUAGCUCGGAAAGUAGCGAAAGUAGUUCCUCUAGCAAUGAGGAUGAAGCGAUCAGAAAAUCGCUCGAACGGAAAUCGUCUCAGGAAAAACGUGAACGCGAAAGGGAACGGGAACACGUGGAUGAGAAACGUAAAGAAAAAGAAAAACCUAAGGAAGAGCCCGUCAAACGACCCGAGAAGGAGGUGAAGAAGGUUGAACCUCCGGCUAUCAAGAAACCGGAUCCAAGUGUUUCCCCUAAAAAGCUUCAACCUACCACACUUCCUGUAACUAGGCAUAGAUUUUCUAAGAGUCUGUCCAGAACGCCCUCACCGUUUAAAAAGACUGAAGACAUCAUAGCUGCAGUUAAAGUUAAACAACCUUUGAAGGAGGAUAAUAAGGAAGAAUCGCCGAAAGAAGAAUCCAACUUCUCGUCGGGAGACAAUUUCCCAUUGAAGAAAGAUGACAAGUCGAUUAAAUCAAUCAAAACGACGUCGGAAGAAAAGAAGUCAGGUCAAAAGUCGUCGGAACCAAUUAUUUUGAAGAAACCAGUGGAUGUGAUCAAAAAAUCAAAAAGGGAGAAACGUGAUGGUUCUUCGGAUUCGAAUGACAGUGAAAGCGAAGGAAAGAAAAAAUCGAGGAAAAUAGACAAGUCCAGAAAAUCCAGGAAGGCUUCUACGGAUGAUGAAAAAUCGGACAAAGGUGGCUCCAGCUCGGAUUCCGAAGACGAGAGGAAGCACGUAGAAAAAAGUAAAAAGAUCAGAGACUCGAACCGAGGAGAUUCGUUGGACGAACGUUCCAAGGAUAGGAAGGAUAACAGGAAGCGAGACACCAGUGAAAAUGAAUCUCGUAAACGACCGAAAAAAGACUUAGAAGAAGAAAGUAAGAAAUCUAAGAGAUCUAGAAAAGAUUCUUCUUCGGGAGAUGAAGACCCAAAAACAAAAAGAAACAAAGCUGAAGAUGAUCGAUCUAGGUUAAGGAAGUCUAAAAAAGAUUCAAGCUCAGAUGACGAACCGAAAAAGACGAGAAAACGAAAAGAUAGUUCUUCGGAAGAUGAAAAAUCUAGAACGAGGAAAUCUAGGAAAGAUUCAACGAGCGAAGAUGAAGCAAAAAUAAGAGCGAAGAAGUCGAAACGUGACUCGAGUACGGAAGACGAAGAGAUAGGAGAAAAGGAUGCAAAGAAGAAGAGGAAAGUAGAUGACAGUUCAGAUGAAGAGAAAGUGAAGAAAAAACGUAAAAAGAAGACUAAAACUAGUACGAGUGAAUCAGAGGAAAGCGAAGUAGAAGAAAAGAAGAAGAAAAAAGAUAAGAAGCACAAGAAACACAAAAAACAUAAGAAGCAUAGGAAGCACAAAAAGAAGAAGGUUGCUGACUCUGACGAAUCUGAUGUGAGUGAAGGUAACACUGAAGAACUGGAAAAAAAGCUUCGUGAGAAAGCAUUGAAAUCGAUGAAAAAAGGACACAGUAUAGAAAGAAGUGACUGAGACUUUGUGUGACUAUUAACAAGGGUGUGUAAUAUGUGUGUAUUUCUGUAUUACGAUGCACUUGCUUUAAUUGUAUUCACGGAUGUUUCUGUUUAUUAUAUCUACAGUAGGAUUUUACCGUAUCAUAUUUUCUUGAGCAAAAGAAGUCUGGUAUUAAAAGAAUUCGUCCUCGAGCGAUAAAACCCUAAUUUUUAUAAAUCUUAAACUUACGUUUAAGAUUACAGAGUUAAACACAAUAGUUAUUUCCUUGACUUAGUAAACAAAACUAGCGUAUGUUAUACCCGUAGGAACAGUAAUUUCUUGUGCCACUUUAAUGUACGAUUUUUACAUUUUUCAAAGUAUCGGCACAACCGAGCAAAGAUAUAUCCUUUUUAGUUAAUAAGUUCAUGAUUUAAUGUUUAUUUGAUAGGACAAUAAGUUUAAUUUGUAAAUCUAAUUUGUAUAAAAAUAAUUUUUCAUCAAAUUAUCUAUAUUAAGCUAACAGAAUAAAUUGCGUUUUGAUGAAAAAUAUUA